AACCCUAAAGCACCAAUUCGACCUUAGCUUAAAUCCUUGGGUCAGCUCCAUUGCUCCAAACCUCCAACCUCCAGUCCACUAUCCACAGACGCUCUCCAAUCUCCAUUCCAGUUUCCAGUAUGAGAUAAGUUUCUUUGUCCACGAUUAACCAAGGCGACAUAUUGAGAAAAAUCUCCUUUUCUUUUGUUCCGUUGAGCUCAACUUCCUGAGAAUAUAUCUCUCUGUAUUUUGAUUCUAAAACAAGGGAAGAUUCGCUAUUGAUUAAAAAGAUAAUCAGCGAUGCGCAGCCAUUAGCCAACCAGGGCACAGAUAACCGUCGGAUAACCGCUAAAGUUUAGGACAUUAAAAAAAUGGAUAACUAAUAAGCCGAACCGUUGAGCGCAAAUAUCCAUUUGAACCACCCGAUAAGCACCCCUAACUAUAACGGUUGUCAUGGUGACAGAGGACUAGUUAAAGUAUUCGAGCCCUAGCAAUUAGCAGAGAGAAGAUCUAAACCAGGGGAAGGAUGUCAAAGUCUCUCAAAGUUCUCAUUGAGGACCUGCUUCUAUUAUCAGAGCCAAUAAGAGAAUCACUCUCCAAGGCAUGCUAUACUCCUCCAGAGGGUUCCAAUAUCUCUGUCAAAUCCAUGCUAGUGUCCCUUCUACCUUAUAGCAACUCGCUUUCCAACUCAGAACUCUCGGAAACUGAAAUACACAGCAAAAUAGCGGAUUUUAGCUUAUGUUGUGCUGCAUUGGCUUCUACCUCAGAAUCCACUCACAAUCAGCUCUCUUGGGUUCCCAAUUUGCUAUCUAUAGCUGCAGCCUCUGCUUUCAAAGACCUAUCUAUAGCUUACGCUAGAAAAGUUGGUGGGAAUGAGUUAAUGAAAAUUGGCGAGCUGGAUGGGGAUUUGAAGUCUCUGCCAAAUGAGAAGAAGUUGGCCAUACAGUUAAUGCCUCAACUGUUGCCUUUGCUAAAAGACAAGAUUAAGGAGAGCACGAUAGAUAAAUCAAUUGAUGGUGAUGAGAUAUCAGCUGCAAGCGCUAGAGUUCCAGUGGCAUACGCCAUUGUUGCAGCUUAUCAGUUUAGAUGGUUCAUUUCUCAGGUGGAUUAUCCUCACCUAGGAAAAGUGUGCUCUUUGGUGAUUCCAUGUGCCUUAACAGCUCUUGAUCACUGGUCAUCUGAAGUAAAGGGACAGGGCAUGGUUAGCUUAAUACAUCUGGCAAAAAAUGUCAAUGCUGCUGAGAUUGGUUGCUAUGAAGAUGUAAUUCUUGAUGCUUGUUGCCAAAAUAUUGCUUCCGAUGAUGACAUAUGGGAGCGUGUGGUUCAAAUGUCUGUACUUAUGGUUACUUUCACCCAGAAAAGUAAUCCUCGAAGCAUAUGGUAUGAAAAAAUGUUGAAUGAGAUGUUGAGCCACUUGGAAAGGCAACCAAGAAACAAGGAGCGUUGUAUUGGAUGGCUACAGCAUAUUGAGCCACUGUUCAAUUGUCUUGGUCUUGUGCUGCUAGCUCAUUUCAGGCGUCUUUUUCCCCUUUUCUUCAAGUGGAUGCAUGCGGAUGAUGACAGAACUGUUCUACUGGUUCUAGAACGGAUCAAAACAGUUGUAAAGUUGACAUGGAUAAGGAAUUCGCCACACAUUGAAAGAUUGGUGGAUGAGCUUGUUAGUUUAUACAAGGAGGCAGCGCUGAAAAUUGCUCGUGUAGAAAUCAGAAAACUUGUUCUUCAGACACUAAUUUUGAUCCAUCAAUCCAAGGGCUCGCAGUUCAAAGCUGCUUGGGACAAGCACAAGGAUGAUCCUGACUUGACAGUUUUCCAUCAUUCCUUUAGUGAACAACAGCUUGCAAUGGUGGCAGCAUCAGCUAUCUUAGCCAGUUUUGUGCUGCAAAAUGAGCCUGUGCUUCUGCUUUUUCAUAAUAAUUUGCCAAUGAUGCUAUGAUCUAUUAAAUCAAUAUUCAGGUUCUAUGUGAUGGCUGGUUUUUAAAUACUCCCUCUAUCCCAACUUAUGAAAAGUCAUUUGAUAGUGUAGAUGUUGCCUUGAUCACGUAUUAAUUAGUCGUGAUAAUUAAAAUGUUAGUUUGAUGAGAAGAGGUGAAACUUAAACAAUUUGAACUUUUGAAACUAUAAAAGAUGUUUUAAAUGAUUUUAUUAGUCAGAUAACGCCAAAUGUUUUGGAACAUUGAAAACAGAACGCAAGUCAUAUAAAUUGGGGAUAGCGUGUAAUACUUGUGGCUUCUUGAUACAAUGGUGUGCGGAAAGUUUCUGCAGUUAAUGAUAUAAAGAUGGGAAUUUUUGUAUUCUGUCUAUAUGUUGCUUGCGGGGAGCUGUUAAUGGUUAGUGGCUUGCUGGACUUGAAUACAUACUUGGCCUUUUGAGUUGCUGAGGAGACAUUUUGGAGAAGUAUACAUUUAGUUCUUGCAUCAGUUUCGUGCUCUACAUAACUUGUUACUACUCCCCCGUUAGCUCUUCAUUCCUACAUAGAGUGGAGGGAAAUGGAGAAUUGUUUUUCACUUCACAAAUGGGCAGAAACAAUUGUCUGUUGGGGGUCGCAAUUGCCAUUCUAUGCAUUUACAGGUCGUUCAAUGAUGAGCUUGUUAUGCUUUUCAACUAUCCAUCAGACAAAGGGAUUGAAAGUGAUUGGCAUCCAUGUAAAUAGUUAGUUGUCUAUGUUCAAGUUUAGUUGUCUAUCGGCACAUACUUUCAAGUUUUAGUUAUGUAGUCACAAUUCAGUAAUUCAUAUUGAGAUGUAUUUAUUGUGAUUUUUCAUGUACUUUAAGCUUAUUUUGCUGUAAUGUACAGUAAAUAUUCUAUCUUA